AUGAGCACGCAACCCCCCAAACCCCAGCCCUUCAAACUAAUAUUUUUCGUCCCCCCCUCCCACCUCAGCACCUGCAAAACCGCCAUCUUCGCCACCGGAGCAGGACGCUACCCAGGUCCUGGAAACUACACCGAAUGCUGCUGGACGACGACGGGCACCGCCCAGUUCCGACCUGGCGAUACUGCAAAUCCGAAUAUUGGGAGUGUGGGGACCUUGGAGACGGUGGAAGAGGUUAGGUUUGAAACUUUGUGUGUUGGGGAGGAGAUUGUUAGAAGUGCUGUUGAGGCUUUGAAGAAGCAAGUUUGA